AUGGCACACUCGCCACUUCUACGGACUCUUGCACGGUUCACAUUGGAUAUUAGGAGUGUAGCAUUGGUAAAGUAUGAGCUAGCCCUCGAGGACGUUAGUACCAACCUACAACUACCACCCGACAAAACUAAUUUUGACGAAACCCGAUGGUCUGACCUCCGCAAAGAUUACGAAAGUAAAAAGACUCGAGAGUCUAAAAAGAAAUUAUGUGAGCAGGAACUCACUAUGAUGAUAAUGAGGGAGUGUAAGCUUCUAUAUAUGAACGAGCGUAGGUCGCAGCAUUAUAACAACCUACUUCAGAUUGGGGAAGAGGUGAUUCCGACAAAUGCUCAAGCGCUGAGAGCAACGCUACUUAGAUCUGGACUUCCAGAAUGGAAGCCCCCGGUAGCCUCGGAAUGUUUAUUAUUUGAAAGCCCACCUAUCCCAUGUACAUAUGGCCAAGUCUGUGCAGCGGAAACGGGUAUCCUAGAUAGGAGGCUGCUUCAUCACUACCUAACCCCGAAAUAUGUCCCGAAACCACAUUUCAAAAUGGAGAGGAGGAGGCUUGAAGCUAAGAGUGCCGAAUUUGCAGCUUUCGUCGAAAAACAAACAUCAGAUCCGAAUAAACCCAGUUUGAUACCACGUCCGCAGGAUGAGUCGUCCGAUGAAGGCCUCUUGACUGUGGACGAGUCGGAAGAAGAUGCUCCAGUGAAGAACGCUAAGGGGUCCAGAGCCAAACUUGGCAAACGGAAACCAGCUGUGAAAAAUAAGACGAAGAAGCGCACAAGAAAGCCGGCAACAUUUGUUAAGCUAUAUGAUUGCAAAGCUCACGAUUACGCUCAAUUAAAAUCACAGGGAGUAAAUUUAUAUUCCUUGUUAGUACAAAGAUUGCCUCGCGCGGAAUCCCCGGCAAUGGAGCAAGUGAGUACAGCUACAGUCAACUAUAAAAUUAAGUCUCCAAUGCCCGUCCUUGAUGACGACGAACUUUGGGCAGAGGAACUUAGAAUCCACGGCUGCGCAUUACCUAUACAGCUCCCGCGCAAUGAUGCUGCUGAGGAAGAACAAGAGUCUCCUACUUUUGAAGAUGCACAAGAAUACCGAAUCUGGAGAAACCAGACCAAACCAUUCUUCAGCGAACGAGACCGGUAUAUGCAGAGCAGAAUCUACCGUGAGGGGGUACGGGAUAAUAAGUUGUUGCAUGCUACUCAAGAACUGGUAGCAUUCUGGGCUAAAAUAACAGCUUGA